AUGACUUCCAAUUCGACCAUUCCACACCUCCGACAACAUGAAAACACCAAGCAACUCAUUGUUGAUGGCAAGCCAUACCUUAUGUUGGGCGGAGAAUUGCAAAACUCGUCUCUUUCGUCUGCCGAAUACAUGAGCGAGAUCUGGCCCAAGAUGGUCGCAACCAAUGUCAAUACUUUACUUGGCUCUGUCAGUUGGGAGAUGGUCGAGCCUGAAGAGGGAAAGUUCGACUUCGAAGAGCUGGACAAAGUCAUAUUGGGCGCCCGAGAACACGGCUUACACCUGAUCUUGUUGUGGUUCGGAUCUUUCAAAAAUGGCAGAUCAACGUACACCCCAUCAUGGGUGAAGACGAAUCCAAAACGCUUCCCUCGUGCCGAACUUAGAAAGGCGGGAGGGGUGAUUGAGGUUGCGGAUGUGCUGUCCCUUUUUAACGAGGAGAACGUUGAAGCGGACGUAAAAGCAUUCCGAAAGUUGCUUAGUCACCUCAAAGAGGUAGACGAGAAACAUAGUACUGUGUUGAUGGUGCAAGUCGAAAACGAAGUCGGCCUGUUGUUUGACAGUCGCGACGGAAGUGCCGAGGCCAACAGAGUCUUCUCCGAACCCGUGCCCGCAGAACUUCUCCAAUUCUUGAGCCGCGACUACGAUCAAUUACACCCCGAUCUCAAAGCCAACCUCAAGACCUUUAUCGCACGAUCGAAGCCACAAUCCGGUACUUGGGAGGAAGUGUUCGGCAUCGGUAGCAGGACCGACGAGCUCUUCAUGGCAUAUCAUUAUGCACAUUACGUGAACCGUGUAGCAGCAGCUGGAAAGGCGGUGUAUCCUAUUCCGCUGUACACAAACGUAUGGCAAAACUAUGCGGGAGAUGAUGCCGAUAACGAUACUCCUAUUGUAGUUGGUGGUGGCGGUCAUCCAGGAGAUUAUCCGUCAGGUGGCGGCACAGUCAAUGUCCUCGAUAUUUGGCUGCAAUUCGCACCUGACCUCGAAUUCAUUGCGCCCGAUAUCUACCUUAAUGAGUACACUAGCUUAUGCGGCAAGUACCGACAUCGUAAGAAUACUCUGUUCAUCCCGGAGCAGCGAAGAGAUGAAUACGGCGUUCGGCGCAUCUGGAUAGCGUACGGAACAUUCCAGGCUCUCUUGGCCAGUCCCUUUGGCAUCGAUACUUUGGAGCCGGAAACCAAUCCUUACACAAAGCACUAUGGGCUACUAUCACAAGUCUCUCAAAUCGUACUGGAAGCGCAACGUAACCCAGGCUCGUCGGUGGGUUUUUGUUUUGACGAGUUCACCGGCGACAAAGAUCCGUCGAAACCCAUCAAGCAGCGUUUUGGCGAUUGGGAUAUCACUAUUGAGCGUUCUUUCGUUUUUGGCAAGCCCGGGACCGGUAGCGGCAUGGUCAUUUAUCGUGGCGGAGCACGCUUUUUGCUUAUUGGUUGGGGCUUUCAAGUGAUGGGUCAAUCGACUAGGGCUGACACGAAGUUUAACGGCAUUCUGAAGAACGAAGAAAAGGUCGUGGAAGACAUAGCGACAGGAAAGUUACGGACACUGAGGACCUUAGGUGGCGAUGAGACGAGGAGUGGAGCCAACGCGAUGAUGCCGAAUGAGGAUCCUGACUAUGGAGGAUUCCCCAUCGCUAUAACAAUUCCGGCCAGAACAGGUAUUGCUGAGGUCGAGUUCUACUCUUUUUAA